UGCAACGCCCUGGUCACUCUGCAGUUUCGACAAAAACUUUUAGCUGCUUUUAUUAUUAUUAUUAUCUCUGGAGCAGAGCAAUCGAGGCCGCAGGACCAGGACAGAGAAGCACCAGCAUGGCUCCACCGCCGCUGCCUCCUCCGGCGGCCAAUGUCCCCCCGCUGCCGCUGUCUUCCGCGCCGCCGCCACCGCCAACGGGGCAAAACAUAGCGCCAUCCGGAGCAUUUCCGGGCUCACUGACGCCCGGCUGGAAUGACCCGCCCCCCCUGACGGCGGACGCCCUGAGCCCCAACGCCAACAACCGCCGUCCACGCCUCGAUCUUCGCAAGCGCGUGGCCCACCCGCUGGAUGGGAAGUCCCCCAGCCUGGUGGGCAUGGGUCCACCGCCCAUGGACUGUGCCUCACCCCGCCCCGUGGCCAUGGUGCCGCCGCAGCGCCAGAGCUCCCAGCCCGAGCUCAGCCAGACAACGGGCGGAGCACCAGAUGCGGGAGGAUUCGCUGCGCCCAACGCCAAUGCCAAUCCCAUGCGCCUUCCCCCGCUGCCCCAAGCGAUCAACAUGGACCCCUCCAAGGUGCCGGUGGCCAAGGUGCCGCCCAGGCAGAAAUAACACCUAGAUAUGUCGCCUAGUUAGGAACCUAGAUUAAGCAACUCCCAAACACUGUGUUCGCGGGCUGGCUGCCAAAUUCAAUAUUUUUCUACGUAAUCCAAUUAGGACACACCGCUCGACAAACAAAACGCAAAAGGCUGGGCUGUCGGGGGCAACAAAAGCAAACUAAAACUCAGAAAUAAAGGUUAUAAAUUAGAA